GUGUAAGAGGUGAAGGUGGUCUCUGGCGGUGGAGAGCGCGGUUGGCUCGCUAGGGUUGGAGGUGCGCUGCCCUCUUCUUUGUGUCGCCUAACUUCUCUUGGGAGUGAUGGAGAGUGGAGAAAGAGAAAUGCAACAUGCUUGAAGCUAGGGAUGGAUCUGUGAAGGUCACACCCAACUUGAGCAUUAUGACAACAGCAACACGACAAGAAGUUCUCAGCCUGUACCGCAGGAUUUUCAGACUUGCAAGGAGGUGGCAUGCAGCAUCAGGGCAGAUGGAGGACACCAUCAGAGAAAAGCAGUACAUUAUAAAUGAAGCCAGAACAUUAUUCCAGAAAAACAAAAAUCUUACGGAUUCAGAACUAAUUAAACAAUGUAUAGAUGAAUGCACAGCAAGAAUUGAAAUAGGAUUACAUUAUCAGAUCCCAUAUCCAAGGCCUAUUCACCUGCCUCCAAUGGCCCUCACUCCCCUACAAAGUCGUGGACUUCAAACCCAGGAGAAGCUAAGGAAACUUUCCAAACCGCUAUAUCUCAAGUCUCACAAUGAAGUUUCUUAAUCCAAGAAAUGAAUUAUCUGUAUGAAAUGUGAGCCAGGCAGGGCCUGAACACAAACCAGAUGAUGGAUCUUUUCUCCUUGACUUAAGCCCAGUCGGAGAAAGGAAGGACAAAAAAAAUCUUUGCUAUAGUUUCUCUUAAACAUUCAAAGAUUUGGGUCCUUAAUCUCAUGACACUAAAUUUAUAUGUCCUUGAAUUUACCAGUACUAGUAUGUUGCUGCUAGAUAGAAAGAUGCUAACACCCCAAGAUCAUUCCUAAUCAUGAUCUUAGUAACUUUAGAUGAAAGUGUGAACAUACAAAGAAUUGGGUUUAAAUUUAAAUUUUAAAAAUUAAAUUUUGGGGGGAAUGUAGCUUUAUACACAGAGGAAGCUACAGAGUAAAGAUAUGACAGUACCUGUUAGCAGCUCCUUUUGAAAGUUCUUAAAAUUUUGACAAUCAGAUACUAGUUUUAGACUUGUAAAUCUCUGUGGUCUUUAUUUUGUAUUUAAGUUAUGGAUAUAUUUAAAAUAAGGCCUUUUAUCUUUUACUUGUUCUACUGAUAUCUUUUUUUUGGCUCUCUUGACUCAAAGACACACUUUUCAUUAAUAAUCAAGGAUGCUAUUUUCUCCUUUACCAUACUAUCAGAGUUCAUCAUAUAUACUCUAGUCCCAUCACCCCUUUAAGUGCUAGUGAAAGAUAUUAUACUAUCUCAGGGAAAUUUUAGGGAGAAGGGAAUUAUCCUAAAUUUUCAGGAACUGAUGUAGUCUAUUUAAUUCUGUCCAUUAAAUAUAUACAAUGUA